AUGGGGAAGAGCCAUAGGCUUCCGUUUUGUAGUUCUGAUUCUCGGGUUUUACACCCUUUAGAUAAAAUCCAUUGUGACUUGUGGGGACCUUCACUAGUUGUGUCUUCAAUGGGUUUUAAAUAUUAUGCAGUGUUUGUGGAUGAUUACUCAAGAUAUUCUUGGUUUUAUCCAUUGAAAAAUAAAUCAGAGUUUUGUUCGGUGUUCAUUGCGUUUCAAAAACUCGUGGAAAAUCAAUUUGAAAGCAAGAUAAAAGUAUUUCAGAGUGAUGGAGGAGGAGAAUUCAUAAGUAACAAGUUUAAAAGUCACCUGGUUAGCUGUGGUAUCAGACAUUUGUCGUGUCCGUACACACCCCAACAGAAUGGCAUAGCGGAGAGGAAGCAUCGUCACUUUGUCGAACUCGGAUUGUCCAUGCUGUUCCACAGUGAAGUGCCUCUGAUAUAUUGGGUGGAGGCGUUUGCUGCUGCGUCCUUCAUUGGGAAUAUGCUUCCAUCCUCUGCACUGAACAAUGUCAGUCCCCAUGAGUGUUUAUUCAAAACCAAACCAGACUACUCGAGUCUCCGCGUCUUUGGUGCUGCCUGUUAUCCCCAUCUCAGACCUCUGGCGCAUAACAAAUUUGAUCCUCGCUCGUUGCAGUGUGUGUUUCUUGGCUACAGCUCCCAGUACAAAGGCUAUCGCUGUCUCUAUCCACCUACUGGGAGAGGGUACGUCUCUCGUCAUGUGAUCUUUGACGAGGAAUGCUUUCCAUUCAAGCAGCAAUACAAGUCUCUCCAACUAGAGUAUGAUACAACUCUCCUGCGUGCUUGGCAGCAAGCCCGGCGAGAGUCUGACAAGGUCGUGGAAGACACAAGAGUGGUACGUGUCCUCUCCCCACCACAACAAGCACAGCCACCAGUUGUCCCUGUUACACCAGAAGCAGUGGACAAUACUCAGUUUGAGGAAACAGAGAUUGAGGAAAUACAAGGAAAUAUUCAUCCCAUGACUACUAGAGCUAAAGCAGGAAUCCACAAACCAAAUACGAGAUAUGCUCUGGUUGCACUAAAGAUGAUUCCUGACAUACCUAAAGACAUCAUCGAAGCUAUGAAUCAUCCUGGAUGGAACCUGGCUGUGUUUGAUGAAAUCAAUACAAUCUAUAUGCUCAAUACGUUUACUCUGGUUCCCUACACAGAAGACAUGAAUGUUUUAGGGUGCCGUUGGGUGUUCACAACAAAGAUGAAACCGGAAGGUGAACUUGAUAAGCUAAAAGCAAGACUAGUAGCUAAAGGGUAUGAUCAAGAAGAAGGUAUAGAUUACCUGGAGACAUAUAGUCCUGUUGUGAGAACGGCCACUAUCAGAAUGAUUCUUGAUGUGGCUACUGCUAAAGACUGGAAGCUCAAGCAACUUGAUGUCUCCAACGCCUUUCUUCACGGAGAAUUGAAAGAACCUGUCUUCAUGACUCAACCACCUGGGUUUGUAGAUCCUGACAAGCCGAAUUAUGUUUGUAAGUUAACAAAGGCACUAUACGGACUCAAACAAGCGCCUAGAGCAUGGUUUGAUACCUUCAGUCUUUACCUGAUUGAGUUUGGGUUUGUGUGUAGCAAGUCUGAUCCGUCUCUCUUCACCUAUAGGAAAGAUGGAAAAUCGCUUGUUCUCUUGCUAUAUGUUGAUGACAUGCUCUUGACAGGAAGUGACGAAGAGUUGGUACAGCAGCUGCUUCUAUCUUUGAACAAACGUUUCUUCAUGAAAGACCUUGGUCCUCCAAAAUACUUCUUGGGUGUAGAGAUAAAGUCAUAUGAUGGUGGAAUAUUUCUUCAUCAGGCGUCAUAUGCGAAGGAUAUCCUUCACAUUGCUGCCAUGACAGACUGCACUCCGAUGCCUACACCGCUUCCUCAAGACAUUGACAAUCUCAGUUCAGAACUGUUUCAGGAGCCCACAUACUUUCAAAGUCUUGCAGGAAAGCUCCAAUACUUAACCAUCACGAGACCGGACAUUCAAUUUGCAGUCAACUUUGUCUGUCAACGUAUGCAUCAACCGACGGUUUCAGACUUCAAACUCUUGAAAGGUGUACUCCGGUACCUGAAAGGCACAAUCAAUUUUGGUAUUCACAUCAAGAAACAUCAAGAUAUGAGUCUGACUGCCUAUUGUGAUAGUGAUUAUGGAGGUUGCAAAGAAACGAGGAGAUCAACUACAGGGUUCUGUACAAUGAUGGGUUCUAAUUUACUAUCUUGGUCAGCGAAGAGGCAACAAACGGUGUCAAAAUCAUCGACAGAAUAUAGAGCUCUUACCUCAGCGGCGCAGGAAAUCACUUGGUUGUCGGCUCUACUCCGCGAUCUUGGAAUUGUUCAAACCAAGUCUACGCUUCUCCGAUGCGACAAUCUAUCUGCGAUCUACCUCAAUGCGAAUCCAGCUCUGCACAGUCGCUCCAAACACUUUGACACCGACUGGCACUAUAUCCGGGAGCAAGUCGCUCUGGGCCUGAUCGAGACUAAGCAUAUUCCGGCCAGAGAUCAACUAGCUGACAUCUUCACGAAGCCAUUAGCUCGAGCAUCGUUCAUCGUACUGCGCGACAAACUCGGUGUCGGAGAAUUCGAUGUCGCUUCAUUCCCCACCACGAGUUUGCGGGGGGAUAUUAGUGAGAGAAGCCCAAUCAGCUUAGGCCCAUGUGAAAAGAAGCCCACCACAAUCACACAGAAGAAGACAAAGGCAAAAGUAGUAUCUGCGGUGAAAGGAAAAGAGCCGUUAUCACUAUGCAACAAAUAUGGUCCUUUAGAGUCAAUUAACCAUGGUUAA